ACCGCCAAACAGCGCCCGUUUCUUCACCUUGUGUUUUCCAAGUCUGCCCUCUGCCUCCGUAUUCAAGAGCUAAUGCCUUCUGUCCAUCAAUCUGAUAGGUAUUACCAGGAAUGUUCAUCGUCUCAUCUACCAGCUUCGUCCGAAGAUUCACCUCCAUUCUGUAUCCCGGAUCCAAUGCUUCCGCCACUUCCAAAAACUACGGAUAUAUCAAACGUCCCAGAUCCAGUGUCGUGGAAUGGCCCAGCUCGAUUCAACGUCCCAUCAAACGUCCCAUCGAAUGCCCAAGGUCCACCGAACAUUCUAGCUCUAUCGAACGUCCCGGAUCUCUUAGAUGUACCAUCAAACAUUCCAGAUCCAUCAAAGGUUCCGGAUACAUCAAACGUCGAAAUAAACGUCCUAGUUCCGUGGAAUGUUUCAGCUCAAUGGAAUAAUCAAGCUCCCCAGUAUAUCCAAGCGCCAUGGAACACUCAAAUUCCAUGGAAUGCCCCAGCUCUGUUGGAUCCUAACCCUUACGUCUUUUCAAAUCCCCAACCUCUACUGGAGCCCUCGGGUUCAAUAGAUCCCCCGGCUCUAUUGGAACCCCCGGCUUCAUUGAGUACUUCAGCUUUAGCAGAAUCUCCAGCUCCAUUUGGUCCGCCAGGCCCAUUGAGUUUUUCGGUUUUAUCAGAAUCCCCAGCUCCAAAACGCCCAGCUCUAAAUCCCUCAGCUCCAGAGCACUCAGCUUCCCCAACCCUAGCUUCAAAGACUCCAAAACGCUCAGCUCCAGAGCGUCGAGCUGCAAAACGCUCCUCUCCAACGAAGCCCCCAGGGUCUUGGAAUUCUGAUAAGGCAGGCAACAAUGUCGGCACAAUUGACCAAUUGCCUUCAUCAAGUAACAUGGCAUACCUUAAAAGCACACAGACCCGGGCAACUGUUACGGAAACAACACUUUCGCCGAAGAUCGAGAUGCAUGCCCCAAUUUCCAUCGCUGCCGACCAGCUUGAUACAUCUACCCAAGGAAAGAAACGUCGUCUGUACAACUUCAAAUGUGACAGAUCAAUUUCUGGUGGGCAGAGUUGCACUGCAAAGUUUACCAUGAUAGAAACACUGCACAUGCAUUUUAUGGCGCAUGAUGGCGAGGGCUUCAAAUGCGAGGAUUGCGGAAGGGUCUUUCACCAAAUGUAUGAAUACCGACGCCACCAACGCAUGCACGAAAGGGUACGGUCAAGGAAGGCGGUGAAAUGCGCGUUGAGUUCCAAGUAGGUUGUUCGGUGUUGGUAAUUACGUAGCGCUAUCGUUAAAAAUCAUGAUGUUUCCACCCUCGAACCGGCUGUCUUCGCUCACAAAUAGACGGAAGGCAAUCCAAGAGAUGUUAAAAAGGCAGAACCCAGAAGCGGAUAAAGAAUACUGGACUUCUAUGAAUUAAUGCCGGAGGACCUUCAAGGAGCUGGGUCGCGAAGCAUUCAGGAACUUAGUUUGCGUCAACAUAUGACGUGAGGGUUUCAUCCGUCAUCUCAUUAUGGAGAAGGUAGAGGCAAUAAAAAGAGGGCACCGGUUGAGGCGCCCGAUUAAGGGCCACGACAGGAGGAUGAAGCAGAUACAGGAGCUGGCCCAGGUGUUGGGGCAAGCGAUGCAAAGGCUAAGGUUUAUCCCCUGUUGAAUAUUACACAAAGACGGAAUGCAAUUAUACUCGGUUGGGUGAAAGCACAAAUAGAUAGCAC